AAUCAACCCUUUUACUUGAUCGGCAAGACACGCAAUUUCCAGUCGGGUUCCUCUCCUCUCUACCGCCAGAUUGAAAACCGACAGCCUCGUCUCUCUCUCUCUCUCUCUGUUUCUUUCCUCGUUUUGUUUAGGGUUUCCAACCAGCCAGUAAAUCAAUCAACCAAUAAUUAAUUUCAUACAAUGGCGCCGGAGAAGUUGCCUCGGAUUGCAGUCGUCAACUCCGAUCGAUGCAAACCCAAGAAGUGCCGCCAAGAGUGCAAGCGGGGUUGUCCCGUCGUCAUGGCUGGUAAACAUUGUAUUGAGGUCACUCAAAGUUCCUCCAUUGCUUUCAUAUCAGAGGAGUUAUGCAUUGGUUGUGGUAUAUGUGUUAAGAAAUGUCCAUUUGAUGCUAUAGAAAUCAUCAAUUUGCCGAAAGAUUUGGAUAAAGACACCACCCAUCGUUAUGGCCCAAACACCUUCAAAUUGCACAGGUUACCAGUGCCUCGUCCGGGACAUGUUCUUGGCUUAGUUGGCAAAAAUGGCAUUGGGAAGUCAACGGCUCUUAAAGUAUUGGCUGGCAUGUUGAAACCAAAUCUAGGCCGUUUUAAUAGUCCUCCUGAUUGGCAGGAAAUACUGACAUACUUCAGAGGAUCAGAGCUACAGAGUUAUUUCACCCGCAUUCUUGAGGAAAACCUGAAGGCAAUAAUCAAACCACAAUAUGUUGAUAACCUUCCAAAAUCAUUGUGCGGAAGUGUUGGCAAGUUGCUUGAGGAAAGCGAUGAGAAAGGAACAAGGGAAGAAAUAUGUCGAGAACUAGAGCUUAAUACUGUUCUUGACCAUGAGAUCAAAAAUCUGUCUGGUGGAGAGCUUCAGAGAUUUGCUAUAGCUAGAACUGCUAUUAAAAAUGCUGACAUAUACAUGUUCGAUGAGCCUUCCUGUUAUCUUGACGUGAAACAAAGGCUCAAAGCAGCGAAAGUUAUUCGAUCUUUGCUGAGACCUAACAGCUAUGUCAUUGUAGUGGAGCAUGACCUUAGUGUACUAGAUUAUCUAUCGGACUAUAUUUGCUGCUUAUACGGGAAGGAAGGAGUCUAUGGAGUUGUUACUCUUCCUUUGUCGGUAAGAGAAGGCAUUAACGUUUUCUUGGCUGGAUUUAUCCCGACAGAAAAUCUAAGAUUUCGAGAUGAAUCACUUACUUUUAAGGUGGCUGAGACUCCAGAAGGGAAUCAGGAGGAGAUUCAGACAUAUUCCCGUUAUAAAUACCCAACCAUGAGUAAAACCCUGGGUAAUUUCAAGUUGGAUGUACUCGCGGGUGAAUUUACUGACUCGCAGAUCAUUGUAAUGCUGGGAGAGAAUGGGACAGGAAAGUCUACAUUCAUACGAAUGCUGGCUGGUUUAUUACAUCCUGAUACGGUGGAGGCUUCUACCGUGGAAAUACCUGAAUUCAAUGUCUCAUAUAAGCCACAAAAGAUAGCUACAAAAUUUGAGUCUACAGUCAGAGACCUGCUGCACCAGAAAAUUCGAGGGUCAUAUGUGCACCCUCAGUUCAUUUCUGAUGUAAUUAAGCCUCUGAUGAUUGAGCAAUUGAUGGAUCUUAAAGUUGUGAAUCUCUCUGGUGGGGAAUUGCAAAGAGUUGCAUUAUGCCUCUGUCUUGGAAAGCCAGCAGACAUAUAUCUGAUAGAUGAACCAAGUGCUUUUCUUGAUUCGGAGCAGCGAAUCAUAGCUUCCAAAGUUAUAAAGAGGUUCAUCUUCCAUGCAAAGAAGACUGCUUUUGUUGUUGAGCAUGACUUCAUUAUGGCAACUUACUUGGCUGACAGAGUAAUUGUGUUUGAUGGGAAAGCAUCUGUGGGUUGUACAGCCAAGUCUCCUGAAUCUUUGCUAACUGGGAUGAAUCAUUUCCUUGCGCAUUUGGACAUAACGUUUAGGCGUGACCCUACGAAUUAUCGCCCACGAAUCAACAAGCUGGACUCCACGAAAGAUAGAGAGCAAAAAUCUGCUGGCUCUUACUAUUAUCUUGAUUAAGGCAGUUUCAAGAAAGUUGAUGUUUCGGAAAGGGCAAGAUUCAAUGGUCGCUAUUACCCUGACUUGGUGGAUUUUUCUGUCAUUCAAGACAAGAAGAACUUGGGCGGGUUGACAGUGGCUGGAAUAAAGCGGCACCACCCCGAGUCAAUACAUGUUUCUGCUAAAUUCGAUGUUAGGUAUCAGUCAGUCAUGUUGUUAAUCAUCUAAAUCCACCUGUUGGCAUUCUUUGCGUUGGAUAUCGGAAUCACAUGGAAGCGUAACGGUUCUUGGACUUGGCUUUACGACGUUUGCCCGGUUUCACGAACAAAUCUCUCUCCAGCAGUGAACUGACAUUGCGAUAUGCAGUGUUGCCUUUCAGUUUCAUAACCAAAUCCAUCCUGAUCACUCAACGAGAGUUUUGAUUGUUCACCAUCGAUUGAUUAUGAAUUUGCUUCCUUUUUCACUUUUUUCCCUUUCUAUUAUUUUUUUUAUGAGACUUUGCUUUUUCCACUGGUACCUUUUGGUUUAAUGUGGCCGUUGGAACGUUGGUGAGCUACCAAGCUCAUUAAUUAUCACACAAUAAAGGAAGGGAGCCUUUCUCUAAUGUUUAACGAG